UGAGACCCCGCCUCACAGACGCUACUUUUCCCCAACCUCUCUCUCUCUCUCUCUCUGAGCGGGCAGUGCCUUCCCUUCGCUUCCCUUCCGCCGGAAGUGGGGCGACUUUCCCUUUCCGGCUACGGGUCCCGGAGCGGAGUGGGAGGCCGGACCGGGGAAGCCGAGCGACGGCGGUGGCGGUGGGCUUGGCCAUGGCGGAGCUGGUGCAGGGGCAGAGCGCUCCGGUGGGCAUGAAGGCUGAGGGCUUCGUGGAUGCCCUGCACCGGGUCCGGCAGAUUGCUGCUAAAAUCGAUUCAAUUCCUCACUUGAAUAAUUCCACACCCCUGGUGGACCCCUCAGUGUAUGGCUAUGGAGUACAGAAGCGGCCCCUGGAUGAUGGAGUAGGUAACCAGUUAGGGGCCUUGGUACAUCAAAGGGCAGUAAUAACAGAAGAAUUCAAAGUGCCUGAUAAAAUGGUUGGAUUUAUUAUUGGCAGGGGAGGUGAGCAGAUUUCACGAAUUCAAGCAGAAUCUGGGUGCAAAAUUCAGAUCGCCUCAGAGAGUUCUGGGAUUCCAGAGAGGCCCUGUGUACUUACCGGAACCCCAGAAAGUAUUGAACAAGCCAAACGGCUCCUGGGGCAGAUUGUGGACCGAUGUCGGAAUGGGCCUGGCUUUCACAACGAUAUAGAUGGCAACAGCACAAUCCAGGAGCUUCUUAUCCCUGCGUCUAAAGUGGGGCUGGUCAUCGGCAAAGGAGGGGAAACGAUCAAGCAGUUGCAGGAGCGGACAGGUGUGAAAAUGGUCAUGAUCCAGGAUGGCCCACUACCUACAGGAGCAGACAAGCCUCUCCGCAUCACUGGAGAUCCAUUUAAAGUACAGCAAGCAAGAGAAAUGGUCCUAGAGAUCAUCCGAGAGAAAGAUCAGGCUGACUUCCGGGGUGUGCGCAGCGAUUUCACCUCCCGAGCGGGAGGAGGUAGUAUAGAGGUGUCUGUGCCUAGAUUUGUUGUUGGGAUUGUCAUAGGAAGAAAUGGAGAAAUGAUUAAGAAGAUCCAGAAUGAUGCUGGCGUGAGGAUCCAGUUCAAACCAGACGACGGGAUUAGUCCAGAAAGAGCAGCACAGGUCAUGGGCCCUCCAGAUCGGUGUCAGCACGCAGCUCGUAUCAUCAAUGAACUCAUUCUCACAGCACAGGAGAGAGAGAUCCUUGGAGGCCUUGCGGUAGCAAGAGGAAGAGGCCGAGGCCGUAGCGACUGGAGUGUGGGCACUUCUGGUGGCGUCCAGGAAAUUACAUACACAGUGCCAGCUGAUAAAUGUGGCCUUGUGAUAGGCAAAGGGGGCGAGAACAUCAAAAGCAUCAACCAGCAAUCAGGUGCCCACGUGGAGCUUCAGCGGAACCCCCCUCCUAACACUGACCCUAACCUGCGGAUAUUUACCAUCAGGGGUGCUCCUCAGCAGAUCGAGGUGGCCAGGCAUCUCAUAGAUGAGAAAGUUGGCGGUGCCAGCCUCGGAGCCCCUGCAGCCUUCGGACAGAGCCCCUUCAGCCAGCCACCAGCUGCACCACAUCAAAACACCUUUCCUCCCAGGGGCUUCCCCAACAUCGCUGCUAAAGUUAACGGGAACCCCCACAGCACCCCUGUGAGUGGCCCUCCAGCUUUUCUGACUCAAGGCUGGGGCAGCACUUACCAGGCUUGGCAGCAGCCUACACAACAAGUCCCAAGCCAGCAGAGCCAGCCACAGAACAGCCAGCCCGACUACAGCAAGGCCUGGGAGGACUAUUACAAAAAGCAGAGUCAUACCACCAGUGCUGCUCCACAGGCCAGCUCCCCCCCAGACUACACAAUGGCCUGGGCUGAGUACUACAGGCAGCAGGCCGCCUUCUAUGGGCAGACUUUAGGGCAGGCUCAGGCCCACAGCCAGGUCUGUAGCCAGUCCCCAGCGCCAUGAUGCCACCCAGCCUUAGUGCUUGCCUAGUCCCGGGGUGAGCACGGUGACCUGUGGGGUCUCCUCUGUCCCUCUCUCUACUCCCAAACCUUGAGUUUGAUCAGAUAUUGCUCUUUCUAGCUCUGGGCCUAGUAACCCUAAGUAUAAGUAAGUGCCCUGGAUCUGCAGUGAACAAGGACCACUUGUUUCUUGCAGAAAGUGGCCAAGCUGGGCCUUUACCUGCCCAGCACCUUUGGGGCCAAGCAAGUGGAGGGCCAGCUUGGCCUCUUUAUGUGUAGAAACUUGGAGGGCUUUAUCUAGUCCUCAGCCAAGAAGGAGCUCUCCUUGGACCUUAGGGGGCAAGGCUCCCAUGGGGCACCUUUUGCCUUGAAGGAAGCUGGUGUUAGGCCUGGUGACCCAGGAGAAGCCUUCUCUUGCACCCCCUAGCCCCCACAUAUUGACUCUAGAAUCUGAGGUGCUUAGCAUUCAGUAUCUGGUGGUGUGAGGUGCUGGUCUUGGGCUGACCCUCUCCCUCCCCCCACAGGAGCAGUAGAUGGGCAUCUGCCGCGGCUCUUCCCCGAAAUCAGUGUGAGAGAAACCUGUUU